AUGUCGGUCUCAGAGGGCCCUCCCCAGAGGGCAAGAGCUCCUUCUCUCCAAGGAGGCCUGAGCAGUUCACGAACUGGAGCACCAGCGAUGCUGUUGCGCUCAGAGAAAGAGCGUCAGGCUUGCGGGUCUUCUUUUCCCAAUGGACAGAGGACGAAAAACUCUUUGAACAGAACCUCCUCCUACCUGCUGCAGCAGAUCAUUCACCGCUUUCAGGAGUUGGACACGGACGGAGAGGAGGACCAGGGCGAGGACGAGGUGGAAUCCGACCCGUCCUCAGAGUCGGAAAUGAAGAAUCUGGAGAAGGAAUUUGAUGGGGUACUGAAAGAAGACGCUGUGGCUGCCGCACUCUACCAACUGGGGCGCUCGGGCUCUGGGACCAAGCAGGUCUAUCUCAAUCUAACUUUAUCGGAUUGUGAUUUAGCUGACAUUAGCAUUCUCUGUGGAUACAUUCACCUACACAAGCUGGAUCUUUCAGUAAAUAAAAUUGAAGAUUUGUCUUGUGUGAGCUUUAUGCCUUAUCUUCUAGAACUUAAUGUUUCUCACAAUAAGCUGACUACAUUCUUCGAUUUCAAGCCACCCAAAAAUCUCAAGAAGGUGGAUUUUUCCUACAACCAAAUUUCUGAAAUGUGUGAUCUGUCGGCGUAUCAUGCUCUCACGACACUAAUCUUGGACAGCAAUAAGAUAGAAGAAAUCAUUGGCCUAGAGAUGUGCAGCAGUCUAACUCUCCUUAGUUUGGCCAACAACAAGAUCACAGCAAUUAAUGGCUUAGAUUCAUUACCAAUCAAAAUACUUUGUCUGAGUAAUAAUGAAAUCGAGAAGAUCGAAGGUUUGGAGGAUCUGAAAACCCUACAGAACCUUGAUCUGUCCCACAAUCAGAUCAGUAGCCUCCGAGGCUUAGAGAAUCAUGACCUCCUGGAAGUGAUCAACCUUGAGGAUAACAAGAUUGCUGAGCUAAGUGAAAUAGAAUAUAUUGAAAAUCUACCUCUCCUUCGAAUUCUCAAUCUUAUAAAUAAUCCGAUUCAGGAAAAAUCUGAAUAUUGGCCCUUUGUAAUUUUUACACUACCGCGAUUAACAGAAUUAGAUCAGAGGAAGAUUAAAGUGGAAGAAAAGGUUUCAGCUGUGAAUAAAUAUAACCCUCCCCCUGAAGUGGCCGCAGCCCGAGAUCACCUGACCCACGUUGUCAACAGCAUGAUGCAGCCACAGAGGAUUUUUGACAGCACUCUUCCCAGCCUGGAUGCCCCUUACCCCAUGUUGAUCCUAGCUGGUCCCGAAGCUUGCGGGAAACGAGAACUUGCCCACCGCCUCUGCAGACAGUUUAGUACAUACUUCAGAUAUGGGGCCUGUCACACCACAAGACAGCCUUAUUUUGGAGAAGGGGAUCGAGUUGACUAUCACUUCAUCUCUCAAGAAGUUUUUGAUGAAAUGCUAAACAUGGGGAAAUUCAUUCUAACAUUUAGUUAUGGGAAUCACAAUUAUGGAUUAAGUAGGGACACCAUAGAAGGUAUCGCAAGAGAUGGCUUAGCCAGCUGUAUUCAUAUGGAAAUAGAAGGUGUAAGAAGUUUGAAAUGUUCCUAUUUUGAGCCUCGAUAUAUCCUGGUGGUGCCCAUAAACAAGAAAAACUAUGAGGGAUACUUACGGAGAAAAGGAUUGUUCAGUCGUGCAGAAAUCGAAUUUGCUGUCUCCAGAGUGGACCUUUAUGUUGACCUUAAUCAGAAACUUCCAGGAUAUUUUGAUGCAGUUAUCAAUGCAGAUGAUAUGGAAGUUGCCUACCAAAAGCUGAGUCAGCUCAUUAAAGAAUACCUGGGCUUGACUGAGGAGACUGCCGAGACUUUGGCUCCUGCUGCAGAUGUUCAGACAUUACCCCUGAGAACUGAAGAGCCUCCUGGGACGGAUACUUCCAAGAAUGUGGAUGAUUUCUUGCAUACUACAAACAGAAACUACUUUAUUAAAUUAUGGACUAAACUUUCAGAGAAAAAAUCACCAGUGGAAAGAGACUCUAUAUGCAGACAGCAUGAGACAGCCCGACAGGCCCUAAUGGGAAGGACACCCCCUGAUCAUACACUCCUAUUUCAAAGGGGUUUAGUACCAGUACCUUUCACCAGUGGUCUAAGUGAUUAUAUAAAUUUAGAAGAGCUACAGAAAAGUUUUGAUCUUAGUGAAGAUUAUUAUAAACUUCCCGUUGGAUCAUUGGAUUAUUCUAAACUUUCCUUUGAAAAGAGGUUAACUUCCGUGAAAUAUUCUGCAUUAUUUCAGCCCUAUCCAUGGUCCAAAGAAUGGUCUUUUCAGCCUCCAGAGGGGAGCAUUUCUUCACGCCCAGGAUCAACAGUGAGUGAGGGUGACUUGGAUUAUGCCUUAAAAGCACUACAUAUGCAAUCAUUUCCACAUGAAAAAGAGUCUCUCCAGUCCAGAAGGCCGUCAAUCCCAGCUGUCAUUCGCCAGGGUUCCAACACCAAACCUACCCUCCCUCCAAUCCCUCAGGGCCGCCAUGUCCAGCAAUUAACAUCUGACCUUAACAUGGAAAACUGCACUGAUAACAUGUAAUCCCUUUGCCUUACCUGGCCAUGGAUCCAGCUCUU